AUGGUGCGGCCGAAAGAGCAGUCGCUGUCUCAAGAGGUGUUGGAGGCAGUGCGGCGGAAUGUCAGCAUGCCGUACACUGUCGAGCUGGACUUGCGAUCUGGUAAGAUCGCAGAAGUCUUCGCGAGGUGCUGUGGCAAAGCUGUUUCGAAAGACUACUUGGUGGAGUGCAAUUGGAUUUUGGAGCCCUUGGUUACAUUGCACCCCAAAGCUGCAUUGGCCACCGACAGCCUUUGGGAACUCAUGAAGAUCCUUGGUCAGGAUAAGAGUCCCGUGCCGGUUCCAGAAGUGGUCGCGCUGGACUUGCGACACCUCCUCGGCUCCUUGAAAAAAACCAAGCGACAGCUCCGAAGUGAAUCCAAGCGCCGCGGUUUGGAUCCGGACGCAUGGGUGGAGAGGACCACUCUGGAUCCAAGGCUCGUGAAGCUUCUGCAGCUGGUUGAGACGCCCAGCACGACCUCAGGAGAAAUGGAUGCUGCAGACGAUGAAGAAGUGCAGUGUCAAGAAGAAUUGCUCUUUUUUGCCAAGGGACCGGCGAAGGAAAACACAGCAGAAGCUAUGUCGAAUGCUGCAGAUGGCCGGUCCCAGCCGGCGAAUGUGCCAGCGGCCCAUAUGGCCCCCGAGACUGUUGCUGAUGCUGUAACUCGGAAGAGGACAGCUUGUGUAUGGGUAAUCGCAUAA